UAGGGUCAAAGACGAAAUGUUCCUCAACUGACCAAAGACAGCGAAGAAGCUUUGCUUGCGGUUUGGCAAGUGCCACGCGGAGCCGCGCAGUACUUUUUCUUUCGCGGCCGCCGGCUCUGCUUCUUCUUCCUGUCUGAUCUGAUGUCCUCGUUGGUGUCUCCUUCAAUUCGUCUUUGAUGUGCUCCUCCGCUCGCCGACGCCGAGAACUGCAUGUGCAUGCUGCUCAGAAAUAUAUGUAUCUGAUUCUGGCAAAGUGAUAAUUUGGGACACUGGUGAAAAUAUGGCAGAUGCCCUGUUUGUAGUUCUGAGAAAAGUUGGUCUUUUCCUGGGAGAAGGGGCACUAGAGAGGAUUGGCACGGAGAUCAUCGAAGUAGCACCGAUUUUGACCAAUUUUGAGCAUAGCAUGAAACAAUUCCAGGGUGAGCUUUCAAUUUUGCAGGCCUUUAUUAGCCAGGUCAGUGCACACAAAGAUGGUGACAAGGCAUUUGAUGCCUGGUUGGACCAAGUCAGAGAUGUUUCUCAUGAGGUGGAAGACAUCAUUGAUGAAUAUGCUUACCUUACAGCACAAGCUGUGGAUACAAGGAGCUUCUUCAAGAGAAAAUUCCAUCAGAUCAAGAACUUUGCAUCAUGGCAGAAGUUACCAAUCCAGAUCACUCAAGUUGAAGCUCGAAUUCAGAGGCUAGCGGAAAUGAGGAAUCGGUAUGGCAUCUCAGUAGUUGAACAAGACAAGGGUAGUAAGUUGCAGCAACCCAAUCAGCUCUGUAAGUCAGAUUCUGCUUACCUGACCGAUAACUCUGAUAUAGUGGGGAAUGUCGAUGAGAUUGCAAUAUUGACACAAUGGCUUCUAGAGGAGAAACAAGAGCGAACUAUAAUUGCUAUCUUAGGUAUGGGAGGUUUAGGCAAAACUACAGUCACAAGUAGCGUCUACAAGAAUCAAAAUAUCAGAAGAACUUUUGAUUGUUAUGCAUGGGUUACCCUAUCUCAGACAUACCAGGCUGAAGAACUACUCAGAGAAAUCAUAAAUCAGUUAAUAGAUCAGAGAACAGGCAUGGCAAGUGGUAUCGUAACUAUGAGUCGUGUGAGAUUAGUUGAGGCAAUACAAAGCUACCUGCAGGACAAAAAAUAUAUGAUCGUCUUGGACGAUGUAUGGGAUAAGGAUGCUUGGUUAUUUUUGAACUAUGCAUUUGCCAGAAACAACUGUGGAAGUAAAGUGCUGAUGACAACACGGCGAAAAGAUGUGUCUUCUUUGGCAGCCGAUAGCUAUGUCAUUGAACUCAGAACACUGAGAGAUGCUGAAUCUUGGGAACUAUUCUGUAAAAAGGCAUUUCGUCUAUCAACAAAUAAUGUAUGUCCUGAGAAUCUUACAUCUUGGGCAAAGAAAAUUGUUGCCAGGUGUCAAGGAUUGCCACUGGCCAUUGUAACCAUUGGAAGUAUCCUAUCAUACCGUGAAUUAGAGGAGCAUGCGUGGAAAUUUUUCUAUAACCAACUUAGCUGGCAAUUAGCUAACAAUCCAGAACUCAACUGGAUCUCGAAUGUCCUGAAUCUGAGCUUGAAUGAUCUUCCAAGCUAUCUUAGGAGCUGCUUUCUAUACUGCAGCCUCUACCCUGAAGAUUACAAAAUUAAAAGAAAACUGAUUUCCAGGCUAUGGAUUGCGGAAGGUUUUGUGGAAGAGAGAGGAGAUGGAACAACAAUGGAGGAAGUUGCUGAGUAUUAUCUUAGGGAGCUCACUCAGCGUUCUCUUCUCCAGGUCACCGAAAGGAAUGCAUGUGGAAGGCCUAGAACAUUUCUGAUGCAUGAUCUUGUGCGAGAUGUAACUUCAAUCAUUGCUAAAAGGGAGAAUUUUGGUAUUGGAUAUGGUGAUGGUACAACCCAUGUUGCACAUGAAGCUCGCCGCUUAAGCAUACAAAGAGGUGCCAAGUAUUUACAUUCUUUAGCAAGUACACGGCUCCGCUCCUUCAUUUUGUUUGAUGCUGGAGUACCAUCUUCUUGGAUAUAUGAUAUUUUGUCACGUUUCAGACUGCUGAGGGUUCUAUGCCUAAGAUUUACCGAUAUUGAAGAAGUGCCGGGUGUGGUUACAGAACUGUAUAAUUUGCGCUACCUUGAUUUUUCGCACACAAAACUGAAGAAGAUACCGCCAUCAUUCAGAAAGCUUGUAAACCUACAAGUUUUGGAUCUCAGGUUCAGCGGUGUGGAGGAGUUGCCAGUGGAGAUAACUAUGCUAACCAAUUUACGUCAUUUGUUUGUUUUCACAGUCCAUGAUAUUCAAGAAAGAUCAUUGAAUUGCUUCAGUGCUACAAAACUUCCUGGUAAUAUUUGUUACCUAAAGAAUCUGCAAGCAUUGUAUACUAUUUCAGCAAAUAAAAAAUUGGUUUCACAGCUGGGGAACUUGACACUGAUGAGAAGUUUGGCUAUAGUGGAAGUGCACCAAAGCUACACUGCAGAGUUAUGGAACUCCCUGACAGAGAUGCCUAACCUGAGCAGACUAUUUAUUUCUGCGUGCGAUGCCAAUGAAAUUCUCGACUUGAAUACUCUAAAGCCGUUGCCAAAUCUGACAUUCUUCUGGCUGGCAGGAAAGUUAGAGGGAGGCGUGCUCCCAUCAAUAUUUUCUGAGAAAUUAGUGCGGUUAAAAUUAGACUGGUCUGGUCUGAAAAAGGACCCUAUUAAAUCCUUCUGUCACAUGUUAAAUCUUGUUGAUUUGUGUCUCUCCGGAGCAUAUGCUGGGGAACAGUUGAGUUUUUGUACCAGAUGGUUCCCCAAGCUCAAAUCUCUGCAAUUAGCUGACAUGGAUCAUCUGAAUUGGAUUGAAAUAGAGGAUGGAACAAUGAUGAAUCUACAUCUUUUGGAACUUGCUGGUUUAAGAAAUCUAAAGGCCGUACCUGUGGGCAUCAAGUAUCUUAAAACACUUCACAAGAUGUUUCUGACAGAUAUGUCAAAUGAGUUCAUAGAUAGAUUGCACGGAAGUGACAAUCACAUUGUUCAACACAUACCUGACAUACAUAAUUUUGACUCUUCUGAUUCUCAAGCAGUGAAUAACUUGAUUUUUCUGCCAUACCUUGCUAAGAAGUUUGGCCCUGGUGCAAUUAAUUAUGCCUCUACAAAACGUGGCUCAUCUGGCUCUUGACAGUGCACUUGAAGUUGUCUGCAAAUAAUAUGUGGUACAUUUUCUGGAUCAAUGCCAGUUAUUAGCUCAUCUAGGUGUCACUGGAUGAGCUAAUUGCUGUUGUGUACCUUACACAAGCAUGAUAAGCUACUGUCAAUAAAGUUUUACAGAGGAAGAAUUCACUUAUUCACCGUCUAUCUGCAUGGAGCCAUGGAGGAUGAAGCAUGUCUUUUCUAGUUGAACUUGAAGCCUCUGUAUUUGUGAAAAAUGUCCGUCAGAUGAGUCAUCGGACAAGUAGAGCAUUUAAGUGGCAACAUACGACAUGAGCAGGCCGUGCUUGACAGUGUUUUGAAGCAUAAUUUAUGUCCCCUUACUAUCGCUAAACACGUCAACUUGUUACAAGUUAUCAGUGAUGUACUGUAAAUUGUUCUACUUCACCAAUUAACAUGGCCUGGACUCGGAUUCAGAGUCCUUCCUUGCCUCCUCUGCUGUUGGGGAAAUCAUGAAAAAUGCUGUAGGAAAUCAUGGUGGGUAGGAAGUUAUCUUAAGAUACUUUGGUUUGAGGUCGGCUGCGUGUCCUGUAAAACUUUUUUUAAUAAAAUGCUUGACCAGGCAAGUUUAGAAAAA